UCUGCCCAUCAUCUUCCGCAAAGUGUGUUCUGGAGCAACCUGCCUUUUCGAGUAUCUUUGUCCUGAAGCUGUAAAGAUGCUGCACAUGACAGACGUUUUGGAUAUCUUGAAGAAUCCCCAGCUCUUCCAUCUACAUGAUCAAGAAGAGAAUCCAGAAACCAUCCCCAUAAGAAAUCCAGGGUUUCUGAAAGUUUCUCAUCAGAAGUUUAGGGAUUUUCAAUAUCUUUCAGUGACGGGGCCUCACCAAGCUGUGAGCCAAAUCCAGGAGCUCUGCCGGCAAUGGCUGAAGCCGGAGACCCACACCAAGGAGCAGAUGAUGGAGCAGCUGGUGCUGGAGCAGUUUCUGAACACGCUACCGGAGGAAGUCCGGAGCUGGGUGAGGUCCAAAAAGCCCAAGAACAGCAAGGAGGCAGGAAGCCUGGUGGCCAGUUUGAUCCAAGCAUGUGGGGAGAAAGGUUUCUCUCCUCAGGACUUUGUCCUUGCAGAAGAGAGGAACACCAAAGAACACCAAAAGGACACAGAGAUGUCUGACAGUCUCUCAUCUGCUGGAUCCCAGGAGUUGGUGACUUUCCAGGAUGUGGUUGUGGACUUCAGUCCAGAGGAAUUAACCUACCUUAGUGCUGCUCAGAGGAACCUCUACCGGGAGGUGAUGCUGGAGAAUUACAGGAACCUGGUCUCCUUAGGGUACCGGUUCCCUAAACCCGACAUUAUCUCACAGCUGGAAGAAGAAGAGUCACGUGUGAGGGAAGAAGACAGCAAUACAGAGCUAUGUCAAGAUGGGGAGGAAAGACCUAAAACCAAAGAUCUAACUCCAGAGCAGAGUCUGCCUAUGGAAAAGUCAUCCUCGGAGGCAGGAAUGGAGGAUCGGAUGGGAGGAAACUUCUGCAGUGUCUCUGUAGGAGAGCCUUCUCCUGAUGACCCAUCAGAUUCAUGCCAGGUCAACCAGGAGAAACCUUUGAGUCCUGUAACAAUGGGUGAGCCCAAGUCCCCCGCUCAAGAAAGAAGCCACGACAGUGAUGAUUCUGAGAGCAGCUCAGAUCUUACCAAACAGUCAGAAGGCCCUCCAGGAAAGGAUCCCCAGGAACGUGCUACUCCUGGAGUUUGCACCAGUUCCCAGCCAGUGGAUGAUGAACCUUUCCUCCAAGAGAACAGAUGUGGAUUUUGUGAAAGAACUUUUCUUACCCAGACAGCUCGUGAGAGACAUGAGCAGAUCCAUACUGGGAAGAAACCGUUUGAAUGUAAACAAUGUGGAGAAGCCUUCUACCUCAUGCCACACCUCACCAGACAUCAGAGGACUCAUUCCAGUGAGAAGUCCUUUGGAUGCGAUGAAGGUAGAAAGCCCUUCAUCCAGCAUGCAGAUAUCUGUGGCCGUGUAAGAAUUCAUAGCCAGGAAGACUACUAUGAAUGUUUCCAGUGUGGCAGAGCCUUUAUCCAGGAUGUGCAUCUUUUUCAACAUCUCAAAGCCCACGAGGCAGCAAAAGCCCUUCCACCUGUGUUGCCCCGCAUUAAGACGUACUUAAUUCGCUAUCAGAGAAAACAUGACUAUGUUGGAGAGAGAGCCUGCCAGUGUUGUGACUGUGGCAAAGCCUUCAGUCGGAGUUCACACCUCAUGCAACACUAUCGAAUUCAUGCUCAAGAGAGGCCUUACCAGUGUCAGCUGUGCGGGAAGUGUUUCAGCCGACCUUCAUACCUCACUCAACAUUAUCAACUGCAUUCUCAAAUGAAACCUGAUGAGUGCAGUUAUUACUGA